CCGGCUGGCCCCACCGAGGGUCUGGUUCCUCUGCGGGGCAUGUCCUGGGUUCCCAAAGCCCAGCCGUGGUUCCCGAGCCCAGCGCCGGGUGUCGGAGAACGAGGGUGGGAUGCUGGAUGGAGGCCGGCCGGGUCGGGGGGAGGGCAGGGGCCCUCGCCUCUUGAGGAUCCCAGGUCCAAAGCCCGGACUCUCCAAAGAUUUGGAAAACUUUACAAAACCAAGUGGAGUCAAGCGGAUAGGCUCAGCCAGUACUCCACUGUCUGCAGAUCCUUGGAUCCAGGGGCUUUGACGACUGAGAAGCCUAGUUUCUUGAUUCUAGCCAGAGCGCAGAAGCUGGGACGGGCCGUGGGACAGAGGGGGCGCGCUGAGCCUACACCCUCAUGCGGCUGGCCCGGCCUUGGUCCCUAGACCCGGAACCCGCUGGUGGCCGUAUAUUACACCAACCGUGCCCUGUGCUACCUGAAGAUGCAGCAGCACGAGCAGGCCCUGGCCGACUGCCGGCGCGCCCUGGAACUGGACGGGCAGUCUGUGAAGGCGCACUUCUUCCUGGGGCAGUGCCAGCUGGAGAUGGAGAGCUAUGAUGAGGCCAUCGCCAAUCUGCAGCGAGCUUACAGCCUGGCCAAGGAGCAGAGGCUGAACUUCGGGGACGACAUUCCCAGUGCUCUUCGAAUCGCGAAGAAGAAGCGCUGGAAUAGCAUCGAGGAGCGGCGCAUCCACCAGGAGAGCGAGCUGCACUCCUACCUCUCCAGGCUCAUUGCCGCGGAGCGUGAGAGGGAGCUGGAAGAGUGCCAGCGGAACCACGAGGGUGAUGAGGACGACAGCCACGUCCGGGCCCAGCAGGCCUGCAUCGAGGCUAAGCAUGACAAGUACAUGGCAGACAUGGACGAGCUCUUCUCUCAGGUGGACGAGAAGAGGAAGAAGCGUGACAUCCCCGACUACCUGUGUGGUAAGAUCAGCUUUGAGCUGAUGCGGGAGCCAUGCAUCACGCCCAGUGGUAUCACCUACGACCGCAAGGACAUUGAGGAGCACCUGCAGGUGAGGCUGCGGCUGGGGGAGCAGGGCCAGCAGCAUGGUCCUGGGCCCACUGACUGCCCUCUGCCCUUCUUGUCACUGCAGCGCGUGGGUCAUUUUGACCCCGUGACCCGGAGCCCCCUGACCCAGGAACAGCUCAUCCCCAACCUGGCCAUGAAGGAGGUUAUCGACGCAUUCAUCUCUGAGAAUGGCUGGGUGGAGGACUACUGAGAUUCCUCGCCCUGCCCAGCAUCCCGGUCCAGGAGAGCCCUGGGCGGAAGCCUUCCACCCCUGUACAUAGUCUGUGUUGCUGGCCACCCUGGCCCCUUCCAAGUUCUGCUGUUGGGCUCUCUCUGGACUAUCCCCCUCUCAGCAUAGCUCUUGCUGGGCCGUGAUUGUCCCCUUUGUGGGCUAGAAAAGCCGGUGAGGGUGGGCUGGGCUGAAGCCACUGCCGCCACUGUCUGUGUAAUAAAAUCCGUGAGCACGA